GCACUUCUGUUGUCGGUGCCUGGAUGCGUUUGUGUGUGCGUGGUUGAAUGUGGUCUAAACUUAUCCUGCUGUUCUUUAGCUUCCAUAUCAAAGACGGUAUAUCUUAUUAAUAAGUAUACAUUGCUUUUUAAAGUUCACAUAUUUCUAUCAAAAGUUCCCGAAUGUCUUCUAAGGCAGCCAAUGGUCUCCAGAGUGGGCAAGACCCAAAGAAGAGUCUAGUGUUCAUCAGUUACAAGGCUGCCAUUGGUAUCUGCAUUGGAUGUGGUUGUCUAAUACUACUGGUGGGACUGCUCUGUGGAUUACUACCAAGGGAUUGUGAUAUCAGUGAUAAAGAACCGAUAGAUGGUACCAUACCAGCAACCAAGCCCAGCAUACGAACGACUUCACCACAACAGACAACAGUUGGUAACGGACAAGCAAUCUGGGACUAUUAUCGUCUGCCGCGUGAUUUGAUCCCAUCUCACUAUGACCUCUUUGUAAGAACAGAUUUGGAGCAGUUUGUCUUUAAUGGAUCUGUAACGAUAAACUUCAUGUGUGAAAAGAAAACAAAUUAUGUUCUACUACACAGUAAGAAUUUACUGAUUGAUAGGAACUCGGCGAUGGUUACUGACUCAAACGGUGGGAUGCUUACAAUCGUAGACAUCCAAAUGUACCCGAUUAAUGAGUAUCUACUUGUAGAAUUAGCUGAAGAAAUGACGGCUGACAUGCAAUAUAGCCUAAGUUUGCAUUUUAGUGGCACUUUAACUGACACACUCAAUGGGUACUAUAGAAGCUCAUACACAACUAGCCAACAAGAGAAAAAAUGGCUCUCCUUAACUUUCUUCGCACCGACUUACGCACGUAUGGCAUUCCCAUGCUUUGAUGAGCCAGACAUGAAAGCCAAUUUCACGCUUACUAUGGAGCACAGCAGCUCCCUCAUUGCAAUUUCUAAUAUGCCGAUGUUGUCGGUUAAGGAGGCAGGAACGGGAUGGUCUGUUACACACUUUCAAAUGAGUGUGCCUAUGUCUACAUAUCUCCUCUGUUAUGUCGUUUGUGAUUUUGCUAAAAAGGAAAAACUUACAAAAAAUGAUGUGUUGCUACGAGUAUGGGCAAGACCAGAUGCUAUUGAUUCGGUUGACUACGCUUUGGAAAAAGGAGCUGAUAUUUUGGAUUUUUAUGAUGAAUAUUUUGGCACAAAAUUCCCACUUCCUAAGAUGGACAUGAUUGCCAUCCCAGAUUUUGCGGCGGGGGCCAUGGAGAACUGGGGCUUAAUCACGUACAGAGAGACCGCCCUUCUGUAUCUGCCUGGCGUAUCAUCUGCAAGCAGUCAGCAACGUGUCUGUGCUGUUGUUUCACAUGAACUUGCCCAUCAGUGGUUUGGAAACCUGGUGACCCUUAAGUGGUGGGAUGAUACGUGGUUGAAUGAAGGUUUUGCCAGCUUUGUAGAAUACAUAGGUGUUGAAGAAGUGGAACCAACUUGGCAAAUGCAAGAUCAAUUCCUUGAGAAUGAUAUUCAUCCAGUGUUCAAAGUGGAUGCAUUGGAGACAUCAAGGCCAAUCUCAAUUGAAGUUAGGACUCCAGCAGAAAUCAAUCAAAUGUUUGAUGCAAUAUCCUACAAUAAGGGAUCAUCAGUAAUUCGAAUGUGCCAAUUUUUCUUGGGUGAAGAUACAUUUCGGAAAGGAUUGAAGAACUAUUUAUCAGAUUUUGCAUACAGUAAUGCUGUGAAUGACGACCUAUGGAUUUACCUUACUGCAGCUGCAAAGGAAGAUGGUAAAGACAUUGAUGUGAAAAAGAUCAUGGAAACGUGGAUCCUUCAGAUGGGAUUUCCAAGCGUAAACAUCACAAGAUCUUACAAUGAUGACACGUUCACCGCAAGUCAAAGACACUUUCUUAUCGACCCCGUUGCUAACUUUACAACACAUUAUCCAGAUCUAGGAUAUGUGUGGUGGGUUCCACUGACGUAUACAACUAGUACUCAGAUGCAAUUUGUUAAUCCCAAUCAGGUAUGGAUGGAUCCUUCUGUAUCAACAGAAACUGUAAAAUUAAGUGGCACAGGUGCUGAUGACUGGCUUCUAGUGAAUGUGGAUCAUCAUAAUUAUUACCGUGUAAACUAUGAUGAGAAGAAUUGGGCAUUACUGAGCGACCAACUGACUGUUAAUCAUACAAUUCUGCCCCAGAGUAGUCGGUCAGCAGUGAUCAAUGAUGCAUUCAAUCUAGCGAGAGCAGGAGAGGUCAGCCAAGUGUCAGCUCUGGACCUUACCAAAUACCUAACCACAGAGACAGACUAUAUCCCAUGGCGGACAGUUAGCGAUGUCAUGGGUUAUAUAGACUUGAUGCUUUGUCGGUCUAAGGCCUACGGUGAUUUCAAGGCCUACAUGAAGAAGCAAGUGACCCCAUUCUAUGAUUAUGUUGGUUGGAAUGCAACUGGGCUGCCACAUGUUGCACAAUUAAGCCAGGUUACUGCAUUAAGUCUUGCUUGUGGCUAUGGCAACACGGACUGCACUAACAAUGCUAUAGACCUGUAUGCCCAAUGGAUGAUGAAUCCCUCCAAUAAUUUAAUACCAGCUAACUUGAAGUACAUAGUUUACUGCAUUGCAAUCGCUGCCGGCGACCAGGAGGAGUGGUACUUUGCUUGGAAUCAGUUCCAAACCUCGUUGGUAUCAUCGGAACGAUCAACAUUGCUCUCAGCAUUAGCAUGCAGUCAAGAGCCGUGGAUUCUUAACACGUAUCUGAAUUAUUGUUUGGACUCUGACAAGAUACGCUCGCAAGAUGUAGUGUCUGUGAUGUCGUCUGUGGCGGGAAACACGAUAGGAAGCUCGUUAGCGUGGGACUUCUUCCAAGCUAAUUGGGUCUUCUUUAGAGAAACGUAUGUUAAUUGACAGUAUUGACAGUAUGUCAUGUAUUUUGCCAACAUUUUAAACAUUGUAAGAAGGAUAUUAUGAUAGAGACUGGUUUCAACAUCUAGCUUGGUGGUUAGGUUGCAUGCCAUUUAAGAAAAAAAAUUAAAAUGAACAAAAGUGAUAAUGAUAAUAAAUUAAUAAUAAAAAAAAUAAUAAAUAAUAAAUAAAAAUAAAUUGUAGACAAAUUAAAGAAGUACCAAUCA